UUUUUCUGAAUUUCCAUACAGCCUCUUAUUUAUUCUCAAUUAGAUUUUUGAAAAAAAUACACGAACUGCUGUACCUAGGAAACUUAUAAUUUACUCUCGAGUCAAACUUGGAACAGAUAGACGCCUUCUUAUCAGCAGCACGGCAGCAUUAUAUUUAGACUUCUUUUGAAGGUAUUAUAGCUAAUUUGUGGAAAACAACUACUCUUGAAACUGCAUUUUGCCAGGAGUUUGCUUGAGUAGACCUCUGUAAGUGUUCUCAUUCGUGGAUGUAAUUAGCAGUCAAAGACUCUCAUCAGAGAAAAUUGUCAGCCAUCAACUGCGUCAAUCCUUAUUUUUUUUGCACUGACCUCUAAUCCUGUGACAAGUACUUGGCCAGCACAAUGCAGAUUGCUACAGACAGAUUUUAUCCAAAUAAUUAUGAAGACUUCAGGCAACAACCUAACAUGAUCAUCCAUGAAAAAGACAACAAGAUAACCCUACAUCCUACUCUGGUGGAAAAAUUGAACACAAAGAUCAGAGAUAUGCUUGGACACAUUGGAAUGUACCUGAAGGACUCCGAUCGGUCUGAUGGUUCCCUCUACUCAGGCGCGGUGGGGAUUGCACUAAUGUUUCAAAGGCUAGCAAUGCACUUUAACGACAAGAACAUGCUACAGAAAGCUGCAGAUCUUGUCUCCAAUGCCUUACCUCUAGCACACAGAAAGUACAUUAGCUAUCUAAUUGGGGCCCCCGGAGUUUAUGCAACAGCAGCCGUCUUAAGCUACCAAAACCAUGACACCAAGAGCAUGAACCAGUUUGUUAAGAAAGUAUUGGAGCUUUCAGACAAGUUGAAUGGUGAUGUUCCUGAUGAAAUUUUAUAUGGUAGAUCGGGCUACCUUCACAGUUUGCUUUUCUUAAGGCACCGCAUCGGAAACGAUAUAAUUGAUGGUGCAAUAGUGCGGCAGGUUGUCUCUAAAAUCUUAAGUUCUGGACAAGAGCUUGCACGAAGAGAUUCAUGGAAGUGUCCCCUUAUGUACGAAUGGCAUGAUUCAUACUAUCUUGGAGCAGCACAUGGGCUAGCAGGAAUUAUGUACACAUUACUCUUGGCUCGUGAAUUUUUGUCGGAACCUGAAUUAAAUUCUCUCGUAAGACCCACUGUCGAUUUCCUACUGCAGAGGCGGCACCCUUCUACUAAUCUUGCCUCGUCCAUUGGCAGCAACUCAGACAAAUUGGUCCAGUGGUGUCAUGGAGCUCCAGGAGCCGUUCAGCUUUUCUCUCUGGCAUAUCAAGUUUUCGGUCAUGAAAAAUAUAGAGUCGCAGCCCUGGAGUGUGGGGAGGUGACUUGGGAAAGAGGAAUAUUGCGCAAAGGAUACAAUUUGUGCCACGGAGUUGCUGGCAAUGGGUACACGUUCCUCAAUCUUUAUCAGCUUACAAAGGACCCAAAGUAUUUGUACAGAGCCGGUGUCUUUGCAGACUGGUGUUUGACGCAUGAUCAAAAUCAAGCAUUCGUGCCAUCAAGACCAUUCUCACUGUAUGAAGGUAUUGCUGGUGUCAUUUUCUUUCUCGUGGAUGUUCAAGAUCCGCUCAAGGCGAAAUUUCCUGCUUAUGAGCUUUGAACCCAGUAAAUCUGAUCUCAUUAAUUUUUUAGCCAUCCUGACAGAAGCAAUUUACCCUUUCAAAACUUUUGUAAAUUUUUUACUCUUCAUAAAUUCCACCUGUGUUCUCAGUCUCUCUAUGCUUAAGUAUAAUUCAAAUAUAUUUUGAUGUGUUUUAUUCAGAUACAUUUCUGUUCCUAAUAUUUUUCAGAUCAGGCACUCAAACUCAAUGU